AUGCAUGGCGUGGUAUUGUAUUAUGUCAUCCACGCUGCCCCUACAAACACACAUCAAUCCGUCACUCAUCUUGCAUUGUACCACGCCACAUCCAACUGUCCCGAUCUAUUGAGUUUAUAUUAUCCAAAUCUACAAAGCAGGUGGACAUGGUACGCACACGGCCCAUCCAGAAGUUCGCUGCGGCAGUCGGCCAAUGCUCGGUCGAGGUCGGUUUCCCCUUCAAUGGUCUUGGUCAUUCGUCGGAGGCAGAACACUGAUCACUGCAUAGACCUCUGUAUCGUUGCCGACUACAACGCCGUCCACAAAGACAAGUGCGUCAAGGAGUUUCUAAGGUUAAAAGAUUGUUACCUUGCUGCCGCCCGGAAGACAAAGUGA